AUGCUUCGUUAUGCCGCUAUUCUCGUCAUCGUCAUUGGAGCUUUCUUGGUGUCGAUGACCAUGGGUGCAACAUGUCCAGUGACUUCGUACUCUGCAUCUGUCGAUUACUUUCCAUCUAAAUACAAUAUUACAUAUGCUUCGUUCUCGGUUGGGUAUCAAAAGUCUUAUGUGGUACUUACAGACAGACUCGCUGCCAACCAAUAUGUCUUAUAUUUGUGCAAUACCCCGAUACCAUCUUCACCGGCAUUUCAAUCGAAUGCUGUCUUCGUACAAAUCCCUGUUGCUACUGUUGGUGUAGUCGACAAUGGUAUAUUGGCCUUCUUAGAGCGCUUGGAAGAAAACUCGAGCAUCGCAUACAUUGCCAACCCAGCAUACGUAACAUCCCCAUGCCUAACAGCCUCAAUCCAAGCAGGCACCAUAAAGCAGCUAACGAGCAGUGCAACACCCGACGUCAUAUUCACAUCCUCAACAUCGUCAACAACGCCAAUAACAACCUCAUCACCAAUCAUAAUAACAUCCUACAUGUCUGAAACAUCCCCCCUCGCACGAGCAGAGUGGAUUAAGUUCCUCUCGACCUUCUACUACGAAGAUGCUCUCGGCGGAUCCGUAUUCGUAAACAUGGCAAACAUGUAUACAUGCCACCAGACAAACCGACAACAGCAAUUCGCAGUUGGAGCAGCUAAACUCCUGUGGUUACGCUCUGAUGCAUCGGGAUACACGGAUCCAGACUUCUUGUACAAGCAGCAGCUUGUUAACGAUGCUGGUGCAUCCAUGCUUGGAUUGCCGACACCCAGUAACAGUAACAGUGCACUGGUUGAGGCGAUGACACAGGCACAAGUGUUUAUUGAUGAUACGGGGAUACCGUUGACGACGGAGCAGCAGGGUGAUCCAUCGACGUAUUACAUGUCGAAUUUUUAUACGAGUUAUGGACUUGUCGCUGGGAGUGCUACGACUGCUGCAUAUCCGUUUUUGCAGAAUAAGCAGGUGUGGAGACCCGAUCGGGUUGUUAGUAGUGAUGGGGAGUUUGAUUGGCCUACAGCAUACGCAGCAUACCCAGAAGUAGCCAUUGAAGAUCUCAUCCACAUACUGGCUACGACAUACCAGCCUCAAUUCACUAGUCUCUGGUUUAGGAAUCUCGCUACAGACUCUGGCUACCAAACCAUAACUUCCUCCCAAUGCGCAUCCGGAGGCCGCACCCUCGUGUCGUCCUGUCCGGUCUCCCCACCAGUAGUACAGCCAUACGCAGGCUCCUCACCAUCCACCUCCCCAACAACCGGUGGAUCAUCUACCUCCUCGCCAUCAUCAUCAGGCCCAUCGUCGUCAGCAAUAGGCGGCGCAGUCGCAGCCCUCCUGAUCCUCGCUCUCGCACUCGGUGCCGGCCUCUACGUAUGGAAUAAACGCCAGGCGCGAAUCAAGGCUAAUAAGAAUGGAGGUGCUGAUAUCGAGUUGGAGCAUAAUGUUGGGGGUGCGACGACGACGGACACGAAGGGGUUUUUGAGCGCAUUGGGAGCUAGUCCUGAUGCGUUGGUGCUGAGGGGGAGUGAGGUUGUCGGUGCGGUGCCGAUUGGGACGGCUGGUGCGAGUGGGGUUGGAAGGACGGGUCCGUUGGAUCAUGGGGGUUUCUUGUCACAGAAGUGA